UGAACUCCUUUACGGCAGCGCACCGCCCUUCCUCGCGCAGAAGAAGGAAACAUGGAGACAGCUGGAAAAGUCAUUAAGUGCAAGGCAGCUGUUGCCUGGGAGGCUGGGAAGCCUCUUUCCAUUGAGGAGGUGGAGGUAGCUCCACCCAAAGCCCAUGAAGUUCGCAUCAAGCUCUUCGCCACGGGGGUGUGUCACACGGACGCCUACACCCUGAGUGGGAGUGACCCCGAGGGACUUUUCCCUGUCAUCUUGGGCCACGAGGGCGCUGGAACCGUUGAGAGCGUUGGUGAGGGCGUCACCAAAUUCAAGACCGGUGACACCGUCGUCCCGCUGUAUGUGCCACAGUGUGGUGAAUGCAAAUUCUGCAAGAAUCCCAAGACCAACCUGUGCCAGAAAAUUAGAGUAACACAGGGCCGAGGCCUGCUCCCUGACAACACCUCACGCUUCACUUGCAAGGGGAAGCAAGUGUUUCACUUCAUGGGGACCAGCACCUUCUCGGAGUACACCGUGGUGGCCGACAUCUCUCUGGCCAAGGUGAACGAGAAGGCUCCGCUGGAUAGAGUGUGCCUGCUCGGAUGCGGCAUUUCCACAGGCUACGGUGCUGCUCUGAACACCGCCAAGGUUGAGCCCGGUUCCACAUGCGCGAUAUUUGGCCUCGGAGCUGUCGGCUUGGCUGUCAUCAUGGGCUGCAAGGUUGCCGGGGCAACCAGGAUCAUUGGCGUGGACAUCAACGCCGAGAAGUUUGAGAAAGCGAAGGAGUUUGGAGCCACUGAGUUCGUGAACCCAAAGGACCACAGCAAGCCCAUCCAGGAGGUUCUGGUGGAGAUGACAGACGGGGGCGUGGACUAUUCGUUUGAGUGCAUCGGAAAUGUGCAAAUCAUGAGAGCUGCUCUGGAGUCUUGCCAUAAAGGAUGGGGCGAAAGCAUCAUCAUCGGCGUAGCCGGAGCCGGACAGGAGAUCUCCACGAGACCUUUCCAGCUGGUGACGGGCCGAGUGUGGAAGGGCACAGCCUUCGGAGGGUGGAAGAGUGUGGAGAGCGUUCCCAAACUGGUGGAGGACUACAUGAACAAGAAGCUGAAGGUGGAUGAGUUUGUGACCCACACCCUGCCCUUUGACCAGAUCAAUGAGGGAUUUGACCUCAUGCAUGCUGGAAAAAGUAUCCGCACCGUUCUGACCUUCUGAAGUGCCCAACACCUCGACCUUCACAUCCGGCCUUUUCACAAUCUCCUUUCAUAGUUGAAGCACUUGAUAUAUUUCUCUGCACUUGUUUUGAUGACAUCACUUUCAGUAUUAGAACAUCGUUUUCAUUAACAGCAGAAUGAAAAAAAGUGUCACUUAAAAAACAAUUGAAAUUUGAAUUAAACUGCUUUUCCUUUUGUGGCUCAUUA